GGUAAUGAUUGGACGAUAGUUCAGUAUAGAAAAAUAUGAAACACUAAAACUAAUAGGACAUUGCAGAUGGAUAAAUUCAACAAGAUGGAACUAUCGAACACAGGAGUGAAAUUUCAGAUGCAUGACGAAACGGAGAGUGCUUUUGAAGAAAUCGAUGGGAUAGAUUAUACUGGAAAGGAGAAUCAAGGCUUUGAAUCCGACAUUUUUUCUGACAGUGAAGACAAGAAAUCACGAUGUAACAGUGGUAAAAGUAGCAGCAUUGAACCAAACGAUAUUACGAAAACAGAAGAACAGGAUGAAAAAAACAAUGUCGUAUCUAAUCUCAACAAUCUCAAAUCUCUCAAUUGCGACUUUGAAGAUACGUUCAGUAUUUCUCAAAAGAAUAACACCUAUUCGGGUGACAGAAGAUGGAGUUCUGUUGUGGUUCCAAUGGAUGCAAAAUUUUUUUCUUAUCUAAAAAACGUAACUGAAAAUAUCUUAUCAGAAGAAGAAAUGAAAGAAAAGUUCAGAGAAAGCCUCUCAGUUCUCUUGAGCAGUAUUUAUUGUGUGUUUCUGGUGACACUCGGCGCUGUUCUUGCUCUUACGGACCAAGAGCAUUACAGAGAGUGUCUUUUCCAGAUUUUUAAUACAGUAAUAGCUUGCUUAGGAUUAAGCUGGCUAGUGUUUUUCAACGUGGACCUUCAGCGAUACAAAAAAAGCAUUUUAUCUAUGAUAAAGCAACAAGAAGAUAUUGUUCAAGAUACUGAGCAAGAAAUUAACCAGUCAACAAGCGACAUUUGUAAUCAAUCCUACAAUACUUCCGAUAACAACAACACGUCGUCCUAUAGGUUCUUAAUGGGUCGUCACAGUGGCAGCUUCUAUCUUAAAGUAGGGAUGGCUGCCUUUUGCUUUGGGCAUCUGAUUCACGAAGGUUUACAGCUUGGGCAACAUGUUCUAUCCUGGUCUAAGCAAAAUUGUAAUUGUGUGAACAAACCAGCAGUUGUAGUACACAUCAUAACUCCGAUCUUUUCUUUCUACCAGCUUUUCAUAGCUUUCAAGUAUUCGAAUAUAAUUAUCAACCGGUAUCAGAUACAAGCAAGAUUUGGGUUAAUGCAUUUGAUUGGGACGUCUCUGUGCAACUGGUUCAACACCCUCGUACAAGAUGCCGCCGAAAGUCAUAGUUAUACACACGAAAGUGUUACUAACCAUUCACUCGACAACAGCAGCACAAAUUCAGACUUUCAUUAUUUGCACGGUAUAACUAAUGAAACCUCUGAUAAUGACGCACCUGAACCACGAUGCUGUUAUGGCAACCACAUCCUACUUUCACCUGGCACUCUUCAGAUGAUUCCGUAUCUCUAUCCGUUCACUAUCGAAUACAGCCUUUUGUUAGCUGGUGUUUGGUUCAUUUUAUGGCAAAAUAUUGGUCGACAACAUUCCCAUGCAAACCCUCACCCUUUCCACCAGAAGAUCGAUACCAAAGAAGGAAUUGAGGAGGUCAAUUAUCAGAGCAACUUGUUUAUUAGUGCUGAUUGCCAUGCCUCUAAUAAAGGGCUAUUUGCGGGCCUUUUUCUUGUGCUGAUCAGCAUCAUCACUGUCAUUAUCUUCUUUGUGGCAAUGAGUGGAGAAAAGUUCGUGAUGACAGGCAUCACUGUUCAUACAUUACAAGAAGGUAUUCUAACAGGUCUCGCUUUAAUCGCUGUCCUCAUCUCUUUCCGUCAGACAUCUCUACUAGACAUCAACCUACACCCUAUCACAUUUCUGGAUGAUGUUCUCAUGUUUAUUCCUCUGCCUUUUUUCUUUGUAAACGGAUUCCUAUCUAUAAUGGCUGAUUCUCAUGCUCGCCAUCACGUCAGAGUAGGGAUUAAUGUUCUCAUUAUUGUUCAGGUUGUGGUCCAAACUGUGUUCAUUAUCGACGGCUUGAGACGUUGCAGCAAUUCCCACGCACUUCGUUACAAGAAGCCAGGAAGAGAACUGAUCACCUUUCUCAUCAUCUGUAAUCUUUCUAUGUGGAUAGUUAACACAUUUGAACACAAGAGUGUCGAAAACUACCACGAGCAAACACACUUCUUUGGCUCUAUAUGGUCUAUCGUCUCCCAUGCCACAUUGCCGCUGAUGCUUUUUUAUAGAUUUCACGCAUCUGUGUGCCUCGCAGAUAUCUGGAAGUCUGGGUAUGAAAAGGGUGAAUGAAAUAAAAUUUAUUAUAGGUGAAUAUUAAUGUCUAUAUACGAACACAACACAUUUUUUGUUGAGGAAGAUUCAUAAUUAUACCUAUAAUAAGCAUUUCCCUCUUAAAUGAAACAAACCUAUAAAUUAAUUAUAAAAACACCAUAAUCGUAGAUGCUUUGCUGCAGAUUGAGUGCAAACUAAAUGUUAAACAAAUUUCAGCUUUGUCUUUCAAAAGUAAAAAUAGUAAUUCAAAAAGGCUUACUAUUCAAUGGACGUACUCACUAGAAGUGACGAUGAAAUAUCAACCAUUGCUUUCGAAAUUUAGUAUUUUCGUUGUAAGUUAAUUAUCAUCCUCCUUAAACAAGCCGCUUAAUGAAUUAGACCCAAAUGUUCAAAUACGACAGUUUUUGAUAUACUUCUAAUAAGAAAUAUUUUUCUGAGAAUCCGUUCAUUGGAUUACGUACUAUAGCAGCGGCAUUAUAUUUCCUCUACUGGUUAUAUUUCGUGUUGUUGAUAUUUUAAAGGUGUUUUAAUAUAAAAUGUUAACACGGAGAGCCUUACUUGAUAAUAUGAAAGGUAUUUCAACUUAAAAUGUUAACAUGGAGAGUUUUACUUGAAAAUAUGAAGUCCCAGAACUGUGAGAUAUUUCCUUGGUAUUUUGUUAAUAAAACUUCAACAUUUCGUAAAAUGACAUCAGA